AUGGCUCCGCUGAAUUCAUUCCGAUUUAGUUGGUCGUACCCGCGCUUGGUCUACAGCACGACACUGUAUGACGUUGUAUAUAGUACUGAUUGUUCGGCAUGGCUCCUGCGAGAUCUCAAUCUUUCCCAGCACCGUCUUUCCCACACCUCCUCGUCUACCCUACAGCUUGUCAAGGGUUUUAUUUUUUACCUCUUCGUGAUGACAGACUCUGAGUCUCUGAAUCAAGUCUAUGAGCGUCUGCAGAAUGGCUUCGCGUCUCGUGACACAUUCUCUGUUGACUUUCGUCUUUCAGAGCUACGCAAGCUGCGGGCUUUCCUUCAAUCUACGGAGAGCGAUCUGCUUGCCGCGCUUAACGCAGAUGUACACAAGAAGGAGGUGGAGGCGGUCGGGUACGACCUCUCUCCGAUCUACAGCGACCUCAACUACUUUAUGCGCCACUUAUCCACCCUCGCGAAGCCGACUUUCGCAUCUCGUGACUUUGGGGCUCCAGUCUACGUACACAGGCAACCAAAGGGCCUCGUCCUUAUCUUUUCGGCCUUCAACUUCAACAUCAUGCUUGGGGUGAGGCCGGUCAUUGAUGCAAUCGCAGCCGGCAACGUAGUGUGUCUCAAGCCUUCGGAGCACGCCACAGCCUCAGAACGCUAUCUGCAACGCCUUACAUCUGUCCUCGACCCUCGUAUUUGCGCUGUGGUCACUGGUGGUCCGCAACGCUGUACUGAGCUGCUGGAGCUCAAGUGGGAUCACAUCCUUUACACUGGAAAUGCAAAUAUAGGACGUAUAGUCAUGGCUGCUGCUGCGAAGCAUCUUACUCCAGUGACCCUUGAGCUCGGCGGAAAAUCGCCGGCUAUCGUUUCUGCGUCGGCUGAUGUUCGUCUUGCUGCUGCAUCUAUUGCAAAAGGCCACUUUAUCAACGCUGGGCAGGUCUGUCUCGCACCUGACUACUGCCUCGUCGAGGAAGAAGUUUAUGCAGAGUUUGUCAAAAAGCUCGUGACGACGGUGCGGGAAUUUUACACAGACGAUCCGAAGAGCUGCAGACACUUCGGCCGGAUUAUUUCUUCGAGACAUGUCGAAAGGAUAGCUGGGCUUGUGAACGCAAGUGAAGGCCGCAUUAUUCUGGGAGGCGACUAUGACGAUAGCGCGAGUCAUUACUUUUCUCCCACUGUUGUUGAGGUUGCGAAUGGCGACGACGCACUUAUGCAGGAAGAGUUGUUCGGCCCUGUUUUGCCGAUCCUGAAAGUGAAGUCCGUAGAUGAGGCGAUCUCUUUCAUUAACGGACGGGAAAGACCGUUAGCGCUGUACCUGUUCAGUCGCGACGAUGAUGUGACGAAGACGGUUAUUACCAACACGAUAUCUGGGUCGGUUGGGAUAAACGAGACUAUUUUGCAAAUAGGUGGGCGCGGGUCGUUCAUCGGGGGUAUCGGGGAGUCAGGCAUAGGGGCGUAUGGUGGGAAGGAAGGGUUUGAGACUUUUUCACACAAGCGGCCCGUCAUGUAUUCCUCGUCACUGUUCGGGCGUAUGUUUCAGCUCCUGCUCCCUACAUUCUAUUCUACAAAGGAUGGGAAGGAUAAUGCGCACGUGGCUCGAGUAACAAGAUUUGUUUGUCAGAUUCCCCAAACCACUGCGGGCGAGACGGGUUGGUGCGCGAAGAUUGCGAACAUUUAUGGAGGCAUCUCAGUAGGAAUUGCGGCGAUGUGUGCAGAAAUUGGGGGGUCCGUAAAAAGCAGCAAAGAAGACUAAUCAAAGAAAAUGUGGUUCAUUCUAGGUGACCCUGCAUAAUAGAAAUGCUUGUAGGAAGGCGUUACUCUACGUCAGUGACAUAUGAAAUUUCGCUGCAUUAGUGAGAAUAGAAAGAGCAGUGGCAUCGCUACAACAAAACUCGCCCAUGAGGUCAGAUGCCAACAGUAAAGGAGGCCCGAUUGGUGAUGCACCGGGUGAGUGCUUGAGAAGUUUGUAGCAUUUCACAUGAAGGGGCGCACUAGAGUGUCAGAGCUGCGACAUCUGAGAAGUCAGUGGAUUUGCUUAUCCGCUCGUGAAAUUCGCGCUCGGCAAGUGCGAGAGAUACUGUCACCUUGGGACAAAUGAGUUCAAGGUGUGUGCGAUGAAGGCCACA